AUGGCUUCCGACGAGAGCAGUUCCCCGCCUCCGGUGGACAAGUCCAUGCUCCAACGCAUCGAGGACUGGGGCACGUCCUCCCUGCCGCCCUCCCUGCUCGCCACCCUCGUCACCGCGCUGCACGCGCGCCCGAUGCAGCCCGUCCCUCUCUUCCUCUUCACUCCGACGCUGCUCUUCUCCUCGUACCUCAACCUGUCCGGCUUCACCACCGCCAGCGCGGGUCUGACCGCCGCCUGGUCCGGGCUGUACGCGCUGCUCGCGCUGCGCAGGCCCCAGGCGCUGCGCGCCAAGUUUUCGGCGCGCGGGUUGGUGCGCGGCGCCGCGGUCGGCCUGGGCGCGGCGAACGCGGUCGCGGGCGGCUGGGUAUACAUGAAGGGCGACUUCAGGAGGGACGACGAGCGCCGCCGCGAGCGGAAACGCUGGAGCGGCGAGUAA